AUGAGUCUUUGCAAAUUCAACCAACUCCCGGACGAUAUCUUCUUGGAGGUCUUCACCUACUUUGACCUGGCAGAUAUUAUAUCCACAUUACAAGUAUGCAGCAGGCUGCGUUUACUUUCGUCUUCUCGAUUCAUGUGGAUCACCGCUCUCCGUAAUUCUCGCAUGGAGCGUCCUUUGCCUUGCACCGUUGGUCAAAAUCUUGCAAAGCUCUCCUUGAAUGCGCUUCUGGACCUGGCAUCUCGGACUCAUCGCCUCAAGAGAAACUGGGCGCGCCCGUAUCCGCGCGCCACGGGUGGUAUAAGUGCUUUUCGAAUUGGGACAGGAGUGCGUAUUGUCGCAGUGGUACCUGGAACGCCAUUGGUCUUCACCUUUUCCCCAUCGGAAAGAAGUUUGUAUUGCUGGAAUACCUUGACUGCAAAAUUAGUGGAUACCAUCCACGUCGGUCGCGUGAUCUUCCAUACAGCACACCAGGAAGAGCCUGGGCAGUUCACACUAGCUAUAGUUACCGGAGAGAGCCUCGAAGAUCGUUUGAAUACUCUUGCUGUUGUGAGAGUGUCGUACGAUGUAUCUAGCGUUGCUUGCAUGCAGUCUACGUUCCACUGUCGUGUACCGUCCGACGUAGUCGGACUUUUCGUUCACAAAGAUGUUGUCGGUGUAAUCCCAAACGACCCAGACACGCUCUCCAUCUUUACAAUCAACAUGUCGGAUCGAAGAUCGAUUUACAUUAACACAGACGUCUCUACCGCAUUGAAUUCUCGUUAUUCUACUUCAGCCGCUGCAUACGCAAACAACGACGAUAUAUAUGUCUCCUUUGAGAAUGACUGUUACCUCCACGUCUAUCGCUUCCCUCGAGAUUCUAUUCCUUAUGGUGGUACUCCGGCGCAUACAUCCCUUCCCUUCAAAGUGGUUUCCGAGGUCGACCUGAGUGGCCGCGAUACCUUUGUGACGCGUACUCCGUCUUGUACUCCAGUUGAAGCGAGGUAUCAAUAUGCUCUUGUUCCAGGUAAUCCCAAGUACGGUGUUCACACAAUUUCUGUACACCGCCGACAACAAACGAGAUUACACAAGGCCAGUACGACCGUCAGGUUCUUGCCUCUGCCUACGUCCGGCCCCGCCUCUACAAGAAGUUCGGCAUCAUCUCUUGCCUCCUCUACCAGAAGUUCCCAAAAGAUGGUAUCUGUCCCAGGACCUCUCCAAUACGGCUUCUAUAAAAGAUCUACGGCCUGGCAAAGCGAUAUCAUGUGGACUUCAUAUACAGGAACCUAUGUGCUGCUCGCUACUACCAUAGGCCAGUUUCGACCGAGUGAUACCCAGACGUGUUUCCAUCUCGUCCAUUACGAGGGUACUGGCAACACUGAAUGCUCCCUGCACAAGCUCAUUUUUCCACGACCUCCAGCAGAUAUCAUGUCUGUCGCGCUUGAAGAGCAUUGUGGGACGUUGUUCGUGACGACGCUGGAUGGAAUGUUAUGUUCUGUUCGUUAUGCUUGA